AUGGGGUAAGUUCAUCUAUUUUUUCAUUCAAGAUAGAUGAACAUGCUAUUUGUUCAGAGAUAAUUCAACAGAUUUUGGUGGAGGCGAACAAUCAGAAGCAUGGAAAAAAGCGCGAGAAGCUUUGGAAAAGGUGAGAAAUGUGGAAUUUUUAGAAAUUCACGUGAAAACCUCAUUCAUUUUAUCUUGUCAUUACAAUUUGUCUGCAGGUUAUGAAGCCGCAGCAACCACAGCAACAACAUCAGCAACAAAGUGGCGGAGAAUAUUAUACAGGUCAGAAUCAACAACCGGGAAUGUUAUCGUGGAUGAAUAAUCUAAAUAUGCCGGUUGCCGGUGCGCCUUCUGGCCCUCAAGGGGGUUUUGUAAUCGGUGGUCCCCUUCAAAAUCAAUUUGGUGGUGGUUUUCAUCCAUCCACUUGGAACCAACAACAUGUAAACUAUAAUCAGCAGCAAUUUAAUUAUAAUUUAAUGCAACCGCAUCAACAACAACAAUGGGCUGGAAAAGGUAGAGGAAGAGGACAGCAAAAGAACAAUCAAAACAAUUGGAAUCAGAAAAAUAAUCAGCAGCAGCCACAGCAGCAGCAAAAUAAUAGAUUCCAACCGUUUACUUUGAAUAAGACUAAUAAUACUGCCGCGAUUCCACAUUUAACAAAUUCGUUUAUUCCACAAGGUAAUGGUAAUAUGAGUAAUGGAAGAGGUAGAGGAAUGCAAUCGCAAAUGGGAACAGCAGCAGCAGGAGGAGGAGGAAUUCCAGCAACACCUCCAAGUGUACAGUAUGUUCUAAUUAGAAGAUUUUCAAAUAAUAAUCUUGAAUUUUUCAGGCGCUACAUGGAACGAUCUUUCGAAUCAGCCAAUACGGCAGAAGAUCGAAUGAAAGUUCAAGAUUAUCUUCAGAAACGUCUUCACCCCAUGUUGAGCGCUGGAACAGCUCACACAGUUAACUGGGAUAAUGAACCACUUCCACAUGAGCGUAAUUAUGAAUUACCAACUCUGUGGACGCCCGCAAAUAAGCUAGCCUACGCUGCAAACGGAUUUGCGCGCAAGAAAUCGCCGCCUCGUAGACAGUCUGACGAAUACGGAUCAACAAAGAAACGUGGUCGGCGAGAUUCGGAAGAAUCCUCGUCUUCUAAUGAUAUUUUUGAGAUUAUGAGCAGUGGCGCGUCAAAGGUUCUAAAACAGGGGGCAUUCUUUUCAGAUUGAUUAUUCAUCCAUGAUUUAUUUUAUACCAUUUUUAUAUCCUAUCAAAAAUAUUUCAACAAGUUUGAUUUUUUUCAGAAAAAGAAAACAAAAAGCGAGAAAAAGGCAGAUAAGAAAGCGAGGAAAUUGGAGAAACAACAACAAAAACAGAAUCAAUGGAGAUUUGAAUAUGAUGAUUCACAAUCGAAACGAGAAGAAAAGAGCAAGACGAUUUGCAGAAACUAUUCAGUCUUCAAAACCUGUUAGUUUAGCUGCAAGUCAACAUCAUAUUAAAAAAGGACAAGUUAUCAAAGGAUUGUGUCUUGAAGUCGAAAAAUCAUAUUUCAGAUUGACAGCGGUGAGUAUUAAUAAUCAAUUCUCUCAAAAUUCACAUUUUCAUCUCUUAUUUUUCUUUCCAGGCUCCCGAUCCAACAGUCGUUCGUCCUUUGCAUAUUCUUCGUUUAGCACUUGAUAAUGUCAAAAAUAAAUACAGAGAAAAAUGUGAAUAUCGUUAUUUAUCAAGUCAGCUGCGAUCAAUUCGACAAGAUUUAACUGUUCAAAGAAUUCGGACUGAUUUUACUAUUCAAGUUUAUGAAAUAAAUGCAAGAAUAUCAUUGGAAAACAAAGAUCGCGAGGAAUUCAAUCAAUGUCAAUCACAAUUGAAAUUGCUUUAUUCCGAAGUUGGUGGUCAUUGUGAACAUCAAGCUGAAUUUGUGUCAUAUCGAUUACUUUAUUAUAUUGCGAUGGAAAAUUUGAUUGACAUUAAUUCGCUUUUACAAGAAUUGACGCCGGAAUUAGAAGAGGCAGAAUGUAUUCAAUUUGCGUUGAAAGUGAGAAAAGCAGUUGCCAUGGGAAACUAUGUUCAAUUUUUCAAGCUAUUUGAGGUAACUUUGAAAAAAUACAACUGUAAUUCAAGUAAUUUUUUGCAGAAUGCUCCGAAAAUGUGUCCCUUCAUAAUGGAUCUUUUUGUGGAUCGAGAACGAAAACGUGCUCUAAAUUCAAUCAAUAAAGCCUAUCGACCCAAUUUAUCAUAUGCAAAAAUUGCUCAUUUUCUAUCGAUGAGUGAAGAAGAAUUGAUUGAAUGGCUUGUUGAGGAAUUAUCAAUUACGGAUGCUGAAAUCGGAGGAUCACUUGAUUGUAAAAUCCAACGUAAUUUUGUUUGA